GGAACGCCCAUAAAUCCGUGCUGCUCUUGUGGUUAAAUUGAGAGAAGUGUAACUGCAGCCUACCAUCCACAAACAAAUGGACUGGAUAAAAAAACAAACGACAAUUUAAAACGAGCUCUGAAGAAACUGGUUAACAACCAGCAGAAUGACUGGGACAUCUAUCUGGAUCCAACAUUAUUUUCUUUAAGGUCAAAGGUCCAUACAACCACUAAACAUUCACCAUUUCUGCUUAUGUACGGAAGAGAGGCAGUGUUUCCUUCACAGGUUCCCAUUGAAUUGCCAUGAUGAUGCUUUGGGCUGCAAAGGACACUGGGAGGGUUGAAGCAGUUGUUGGCCCAUACAAACUGUAUGAUCAUUCUUUUCGCACCCUGCAGGGGAAUGAGUGGCUUUCGGAUGAAGUUAUUGAUGCAUAUGUGCACUACAUUUUGGAGAAACAACAGUUUGCUGAACAUCUCCUUUCAGAGGGAGACAUCAGUCGAGUUCAGACGACUUCAGAUUUCGUGACAAAUGCCCGAUUGGAAAUAGCCUGUUCCCUCCUGGAAUAUCAGGGCAAGGCAUUGGACUACUGUGUCAUUUGCUCCAUGUUGGAAGACGAUGCUGACAAAAGCCUAAUUGAAAUGGUCCUGUUCUGCCUCGUCCCGUCCGUCGCCCCCUUCCUAGGCGCGCCCGGUGUAGCGCGCCUUUGGGGGAAGGUUCUGUGAUGCCCGCUCCGUCCGCUCCUCGUGUGUGCCACGCCCCCUAAUUACCCACGUGUGAUUUCCUGAUCGUGCCCAGUCGUGUCUUGUUUCCUGCUGCGUUGUUUAAUGUAUUUAAGUUCCUGAUUUAUACUAACCCUUGUCUGUCAUUGAUGUUAGUUGGCGUCUUCUGUUCCCUGCCCCGGAUCCCCUGAAUAAACCCCUGUUUGCCCUGAUUACGCCUUGUCUCCCGCUACCUACCCGCCGAUCCGCACGAUCGAGGCUUCGCUCGACCGUGACCCGUG